AUGAAUCCACCAAAAAGAAUAAGUCCAUAUGCAAAUGCUCCGAAAAUUUUUGGACUCAAGUUCAAAAUCGCGUCAAGAGUUAUGCUAUAUUUCGAGGCGAUUUUAGGAAAGUUGCUUCUGGUUUUAUCGAUUUGCUCUAUUAUUUAUUCGCCAACUUGGUGUGAGUUUUUGAAGGAGAUUUUUUAGAGUCGAUUACUAGAUCUUCUGAAGAUGUGAGAGUCCCUUAAUUUUUAAAUUCUUCUAGAAAAAAGUUAUGACGUGGAAAAGUUGCCUUGGAAAUACUGUAGUUUUUUUCAGAAAACAUUCCGAUAUUUAAAAUUUUUUAAAAAUUCCGAUUUGGACCACACCUAAGUAUUUCCAAACGUUUAAAAUCGAGAAAUUUUGCCACGUCAUAACUUCUCUAGAAUGUCUAACGUCUAGAAAAAUACAGUAACCCGAAUAUUUUUUUACAGACCCAGUUGCAAUUAAUUUCGCAUUCUUGAUUCUUUUCAUAAUUUCGACAAUAACUUAUAACAAAUGUUUGAGUCAAAAACGAUCGAUUUUGGCGUAUCCAAUGAUUUCAUAUGAAAUUGUCACAAUUUUCUGGCUCUCAAUUUGGUUGUAUGCUUCUUUGAAUGCAAUUGCGACUGGUUAUAUGUUUUCUUUGGAAUGGUUGGGAGGUCCAAAGUAAGUUAGGGUAACUUUGAAAAAUAUGACUAGAACUUUUCUUAAGUUUUUGGGUUUUUUGUAUAGUAAAACUCGAUGGAUUUUUUUCUCUUAAAACUACAACUUGAAUUGAAAAUAUUCCAUAAACUGGAAAAUUAUGGAAAUUUUUUCCCAAGAAAAAUCCCUUGAGGGUUUCCUUUACUUUAUCGUUAUUUAUGAUCUUAUGGCUCCAAUGUUUUUAUUUCAGAACAAGCCGAGUUCCACCUUCCCGAGAUUUCCGUGAUAUAAAUUAUGCGAAUCCCAAUGAAACUUUGCCCGAAACUAUGAAAUCAAUCAAAUAUGGUGCAAUUAUUUCAGCUGUUUGUGCACUUUUGAUUGUUUUGAAAAUGUUGGCAUUUGUUGUCGCUCGAAGAACAUUUUUCCAAAUUCAGAAGAUGCAAAGGGAAAUAGUUGAAGAAGAACAAAAGGCACGUUGUGAUUCGAUUGUUAUCAGAUUUUAAAUUUACUUUUCUAAGAAUCAUAAUUAAUUAACUAGACAUAAUUGAUAUUUUUCAUAAUAAUAAAUAAAGUUUUUCUUAUAGGCCAAUUGGGAGACUGAAAGUGAAAUUUCAAAUAUUGGCGGGUCUUCUCCUUCAUUUCCGGUUGCAUAUAAAAAUCGACCUCCAAAAGAAAGAAUGGCGCCACUUCAGGAAGUUGAAAAAGAGGAAUAUACACCACAACCUUCACCAGCACCAAGAAGAUUUGUUAAGAAACCAAGAGAUAAUAAAUUAUUGGCUAAUGAAAAUCCCUACGAGGAAACAAUGUUUUAG